UCUCCGAUAUAGUUUUUUUUUUAAAAGAAUUUUUUCCUCUUCGAUCUUUGGCGCAUUGGCAGUCAUGGAUUGAAAUGAAAAAUUUCUUGACUCUUUGAUUCAUAUCUCCCUGUGUACACUGUCAAAAUUUCCAUUUCACAAACAAGACCUUGAAAGAAAAACACUUGAUUUUUUCUUGAUGGGUUACCUUUCUUGCAAAGCAGACUCAGCAGUGUCUAUAAUCUCCACCGCCACCACAACCGCCCAUCAUUCAUCUUCCAAGGCUGUUUCCGACAAGCUGGAAAACCCCAUCAGGAUCCAACAGUUUGAUUACUCUGACCUUGAAGCGGCCACCAAUGGGUUCUCCGACCAAAGGCUUCUAGGCAAAGGUAGCCACGGCUCCGUCUACAAGGCUAUUCUCAAGGGUCGCCACGUUGCCAUUAAGAAACCAUCUUCGAGAAACCAAGAAACCAACCCGGAAGCCGAUAACGAGAUCGAAAUCUUGUCGAAGAUUCAAAGUCCCGGCUUGGUGAAUCUUCUUGGCUUUAGUAAUGACGCUAAAGAUCGUUUAUUGGUUGUUGAAUUUAUGAGUAAUGGCACGUUAUAUGAUGUUCUUCACUCUAACUCUUCUUCAAGGCCUUUGAAUUGGGGUCGAAGAAUUCGAUUGGCCUUACAAGUUGCCAAAGCCUUGGAGACACUUCACUCACAAAACCCCCCAAUUAUCCAUAGAGAUGUUAAGUCUGCAAAUGUGUUAAUCGAUGGGAAUUUCAAUGCAAGAUUGGGUGAUUUUGGAUUGGCACUUAGUUGUGGCGUUGAUGAUUUUAGGCUUAGAUCAACCCCUCCAGCCGGAACCAUGGGGUAUCUUGAUCCAUGUUAUGUGACCCCAGAUAAUCUGAGUACAAAAACGGAUGUUUUUAGUUUUGGGAUCUUGCUGUUAGAGAUUAUUAGUGGUAGAAAAGCUAUUGAUGUUGCACAUUCACCUCCUUCUAUUGUGGAUUGGGCAAUUCCUCUUGUAAAGAAAGGGAAGAUUGUUGCGGUUUACGACCCGAGGAUCACCCCUCCUGCGGAUCCUAUUAUUAGGAAGCAGUUGGCUGUCAUAGCAGCUAAAUGUGUAAGGUCAUGUAGGGAGCGUCGGCCUGCUAUGAAGGAGGUGGUCAGCUGGUUAACCGGUUUGAGCAAAUUGGUUCCUUUACAUCUAUGGAAUGGUUUUAACAAUCCAUGUAUGAUGGUGGAAACAAUGGGGCGUCCUGUUGAGUUUAGAAACGCUGAGGAUGGCAAAUUUGGUAGGCAAGCUGUGAGGGACUCACCGAGAGUCUAUUCCGAUUUGGGCUUCAGUAGCAACCUGAUGGAACUAAUGGGCACGAGCAUGAAUGGUACUGAGAGAGAGAGUGAACCUAACAAAGUUGAAAAGCCAGGAGUUGGAUCAAGAUCAGGGAGCAGAGUUUCGAGUCAUAGGUUUCGUAGAAAACGAUAUGUUGAAGAGAAGAAUGUUGGUUUUGGCUUGAGGAGGAAUCAAUCAGCCGGAGAAACUUCUCAACUCUUUUCAGGCAAAGAUGAUACAUUUUCUCUGUUCUCGGGCUGCACGUGACAUUCCGUUUGUGCCAUAAACUUUGAAAUGGUUCUCAAUGGAGCAAUUUGAGGCUUCCAAGUUUCACUUGCAUCAUGUGUAUUUCAUAGGUUCUUUGAAUUGUUGAUGUGGUGUUCAUUUUCACAUGUAGAUCAGGACCUUGCUAAUGUCCAUUUCAUAGGCUGUUAGUCUUAUCUUUGCUGCAAAGCAGACAUAUGUUGGAAAUGCUGCAUGAGUUGAUUCAAAAC